AUGUGACGUGUGAGAGGUUGCGCAACUUGGAGGGGAGGACGAGUGAGGAGGAUAAGCUAUGAGCCGUACUGAGUCGGGCUGUGAAUAACAGGAGGCCUACUCGCUGCUCUUUCCUGGGAGGUAGCGGAAUCACUCUGCAUGAAGAAGAGCUUCACGCCUAUGGCUUUGGCUUUUGCGAGGGAGGAAGAGGAUCUUGUUGAUAAGCUAGGACAUGACGAAGUUGCUGAGCGUGCCGGCCCUGGCGACAGCGAAGCUCUUGUACCAGUUAUAGGUGCAAAGUGUUCCUGGUGUGGGUGGUGAGCCGAUUACCCUAUUCGUAGUGUUGAGACAGAGGAGAGGGGUCUCUGAUGUGCAACUGACACACCACCUCGCCCAAGUUCGGGAAUCUAGAUCUGAUAUUCCUACGCUGCACCAUCCUCGAGCUGACUCGUUGCACAGCUUGAUUACGUCCGCCAGGAAGACAGGGGAUUUGUCAGCGGCUGACCAAAGCAGGACCCUGAGAAGAUGCCGGAAGUUGGCGGUGCUGUUAUGUGCCACACAGAGGACUGCCGCCGGAAGCUGGACAGCUCGAAUCAUGCCCCGCAUUUGCUAGGAAUGGAUGCAUCCUACUGCGGCACUCCCCAUCUACUGACGAUCUAAGCACAGGGGGUCGAAGUGCUCAAUAUCUGAUCAUUCCAGACGAUAUAUGAUUAUGCCCUCCUGCCCUACUUCCCACUCAUACCCGGA